AUGAUAGUCCUUAACUCGGAUCAGACUGUCAAAGACCUUGUAGAUAAGCGAGGUGGUAUCUAUUCAAGUCGACCAGAGUCAUACAUAGGUCAAGAUGUCCUCAGCGGAGGAUUGCGUAUCCUAUUUAUGCCAGAUAAUGAAAUCUGGAAAAUGGCCCGGAAGCUUGUCCAUCGAAUAUUGGGAGUGACGGCGGCUCGAAGCUAUAUACCGUACCAGGACUUAGAGAGCAAAGCGAUGCUCUUCGACUUUCUAAAGAGCCCGGAUGCUUUUGUCGAUCAUUUGCGUCGAUAUACGGCUUCAUUGACUACACAAAUAACAUUCGGCUCUCGUACAACCAGCAUUAAAGAUGAGCGAUUCAAAGAAGCAUUCGAUAUAUUUGAUCGCAGUUCUGAAAUGAUCGGUUCAAGAACAGCGGCCCUUCUAGAUCUCAUACCCGCUUUGAGAUGGAUUCCCGACUUCCUCAUGCCGAUCAAAAAGGAAGGGCUCAAGAUCCAUAAGCGAGAACUGAGGCUCUUUCGUGGGCUCUACCUUGCAGCCAAGAAGGGUCUCGAAGACGGCUCAGCCAAGCCUUGUGUGUGUGUCGACCUCGUCAAACUGCAGAAAGAAGAAGGAUUCUCGGACAUUUUUGCCUCGUACAUUAGUGGCUCAUUGCUCCAGGCAGGCUCUGAAACAACGGCCAGUAUCCUCAUCGGCUUCGUCCAAGCGAUGGUUAUAUUUCCCGAUGUCGCAAAGACUGCACAAAUGGAACUUGAUCGUGUAUGUGGAGAUCGCCUUCCAAGUCUCGGCGAUAUGCCUGAUCUGCCUUACAUUCAUGCUUGCAUGAAGGAAGGUUUACGUUGGAUGCCUGGAUUCAUGUUGGGUAUACCGCAUGCAACAGCUCAACAUGAUAACUAUCUCGGAUACUACAUCCCUAAGGGAGCAACAGUCAUCAUUAACGUCUGGGCCAUUCACAAUGACCCAAAAAGACAUCCGUCACCACGACAGUUCGAUCCCAUGCGCUACAUCGAUGAUCAGCAAACAUCCAUCGAAGCCGCAAAUAACCCAGACCCUACCAAGCGCGACCACUACGUGUUCGGGGCGGGAAGGCGCAGGUGUCAAGGCAUGCACAUAGCCGACCGGUCAUUAUUCCUGGCCAUUUCACGCCUUUUGUGGGCGUUCGACUUUGAAAGGGUCGUCAGCUCCGAGACGGGCAGAGACAUUAUACCCGAUGCAGAGGACGUCACAGAAGGUAUAAUGUCCAUACCAUCCCCGUUCCCUGUCCGUAUAGUUCCGCGGAGCACUAAAAGAGCAGAGGCUGUGGCUUCUGCAUGGAGUCAAGCUUCUGAUCUGCUUGAUGAGCGCGGAGAAUGGAAGGCAGUCCCCGAAGAUCUUCUCUGGACGAUAUCGGAAUCGUAA